GUUGGUUGAACGCUGGAGACCGCCAUUUUCGCCCGGUUCAUGUGGAAAACACGAAAGUAAAUCGAAGUCAUCAUGAAGCUUGUGAGAUUUUUGAUGAAGUUAAGCCACGAAACUGUGACAGUGGAGUUGAAAAAUGGCUCACAAGUUCAUGGCACAAUUGUCGGCGUGGAUGUCAGCAUGAACACACAUUUGAAAGCAGUGAAGAUGACAGCUAAGAACAAGGAUCCCCAGCAGUUGGACUCCCUGAGUAUACGUGGUAACAAUAUCCGCUACUAUCUACCUGACAGUUUACCACUGGACACCCUCCUGAUUGAUGACACACCAAAGGCCAAGGCCAAGAAGAAGGAACAGAUGGCAGGUCGUGGUCGUGGCCGAGGGGGACGAGGCAGAGGUGGGCGGGGCCGGGGAAGAGGACGUGGUAGACGGUGAAGAACUCGCAUACAUUCAUAAAAUUCCCUUUGGCUGGGUCUGCCCAUAAUCACAAAGAUGUGAUGGACAGUUUGUUAUCAUGUGCCUGAAGAUUCCGGGAGAGAAACCGAGCGCUGAAAGAGGUUCAUGGAAGGGCAGCAUUGUUUAUCAGGGUUGUAAAUAAUGCCAUUGAUUGUGUCUGAUAGGUGAGGGCACCAGUAAAAUGUGUUCUGUAUAGGUGAGGGCAUCAGAAAAAUGUGUUCUGUACAGCUUACUGAAUCCUUCGUCCACACAUCCUGUGUAAAUGAAACUUCAUAAUCUACAGAAAUGUAGCAUUUCGUUUGACCGUGUUGGCAAAAGAUUGAGAACAAACUUUGAACAGAACAUGAUUUUGAUUCUAAACGCAGUGUAUCACUGUCCAGGCUUGAAACACAGUAACUGAUGUAAACUCGCUCUUAACUAUUAAAGUACAAGACUUAAUUAAUGUCGUGAUGUAGUUUUUUUGUUAUUAAGCAACAUUAGGCCUAAUAUUUACAAACUAUUGUAAAACUUUUUCUUGUGGCUGAAUGCCGUGAAGAUAAGCGACUUUUGAGAAACAGUGUUAAUUUUGACUUGCAUUCCAGCUAUGGUCUCUAGUCUGUGCAUGCAUGUUAUACCUUGUCAAGCAACUUAUCUAGACUAUUGAGGUAUAAAUAAACCUCUGUUUCCAUUUAUGUCCCCUCAACGCCAUGAUAGACUUCACGGAUUUGGGAAGAACACAAGUAUUUCCUUGCCCAGUAAUUAGGUGUCAUGCUCAUGUGUAUAAAUAUCGUUCUCAUCAUCUCAAUAAAAUCUGGUUUUAUUAUUUGUG